AUGGACUCUCCUUCUAUGGAUCUGAUUGUGGUUUCUGAUGUGCUCUGUGUUACAGUUGUGCAGGGUCAGGACUGGGAAGCGGUUUACCUCUCUACAGACAUCUGUGCUGCCAGAGGAUCAACAGUGAACAUCAGCUGCACCUACUCAUACCCACCCACUGUAACUAUAAGAAAACAAUUCUGGCAUGCUGAAAAUAGAAUUGAUUUGAUGGACGAACCAGCCUACAGAGAUCGUGUGACGUAUAUCUGUGGUAACAACAACAACUGCACUGUGAGAAUCACAGAGCUGAAAUACAGCGACUCAAAGACUUACUACUUCAGGCUUAUUGGAGAACGAAAUCCUGACAAAUGGACUUUUACGCCUGGACCCUCACUGAAGGUCACAGAGCUGAGUUGUCACAGCAGCUGCAGUAGUCCUUCCUACAUCUGGUUCAAGAACGGACAGAAAGUUCACGAGGAUGCUGCUUUUUACACGGGACAUUUGAAUCCUGGAGACGGCGUCUCCUGUGCUCUGAGGGGACACGAGGACCACCGCACUCCUUCGCUGUAUGCUCCAAAGAAUUUCUCUGUGUCAGUGAGUCCUUCUGGUGAGAUAGUGGAGGGCAGUUCAGUGACUCUGACCUGUAGCAGUGAUGCUAACCCAGCAGCUAAAUACACCUGGUACAAGGGGAAACAAACACUGCUUCAAGAACUACAAGGAUGUUAUCAUUUCGCCCCCAUCAGCUCUGAGGACAGAGGGAUCUACUACUGCAAGUCUGAGAAUCCACAUGGAGAGGUCAAGUCUUCACCUCAAUUCAUAGAUGUCCAGUGUGAGUAUUAUAGUGUGAAGCCAACCAUCUACUCUUUGAGUCCCUCUGCUGAGAUAGUGGAGGGCAGUUCAGUGAAUCUGACCUGUAGCAGUGAUGCUAACCCAGCAGCUAACUACACCUGGUACAAAGAGGGUGAAGACUCAUCAAAAGCAUCAGGACAGAUCUUCACCAUCACUGACUUCAGAGCUGAACACAGUGGGAAUUAUUACUGUGAAGCUCAGAACAACAGAGGACGUCGUAACUCCACAUUAAAUCUGGCUGUUGUAAGUGAUUCCAGUUACGUGGCAGUAAUAACUGCAACAACAGCUAUUUUAAUCACUUUAUUAUUCCUCCUUGUCUUGCUAUGGAUUAGAAAAAAGAGGGCCUCUAAGCAACCUCCGGAGCCUGUAAAAGGACCGGACAAAAGAGCACAGAAACAACCAGCAGAGGAGAAGAGUGGCCUUCACUAUGCCAGCGUCCGCUUCUCUAAGAAACAAGCAGAUCCUCUCUACUCGAAUACCACACCAUAUCUGGUCCAAACACCCAAAAAGGAAGAGAAUGUGUUGUACGCUGCUAUCACAUUUAACAAUGGCAAUACACUCCCAGGAAACAAUACUCAGGAAACUGGAGAGGAUCCAGCUGUGUUGUACAGCACAGUCAACAAAAGCUCUGAAAAACAUGGAAACCAGAAGCUCUAAUCUCCUCUUCAUAUGUGGUUUAUUUAUUGAUUUUUUAAAUCUUUUUUUUUUAGAGGGUAACUACAUUGAAAUGUUAUUUCUCAGGAGAGACAGUAUAGACAAAAUAUUUUUUAAAAGCCAUGUACCAACCGUUUCCACCCACUCAGCAUGACGUAGAAUAAUGAUAAAUUGUUGGCAAAGGUUAUUGUAAUUUUCUUUAUGUAUAUAAUGUUGAGCACUUUAUCAAUGUAGCACCCUGCUUUUGGAAUAUUGCUGGACAUACAUUUGAUUUGGUCCAAAUAUACUGUCUAUGUAUAAUGGAUUUAAGGCUAUUUGCUGUAAGAGUGCAUAACCUAUGCAUCACUCUUUUACAGCAGCUAAUAUUUAUUAAUUAUCAGUUAGAAUAGCAGGCAUAGUCAUUGUUUCUCAUGCACUGGUCAAUUUUUUUUUUCACAGUUAUACUGUGAAGUAAAAAUAAUUAGCCCCACUUUUACCUGCUGCAACAUUACAUUAAUGAACACAAUAAUUCUGGAAUGAGCAUUUCUGUAUAAUGAAUACUUGUUUACUUUAACUUGAGUAAGAUUUUGAAUUCAGGAUUGUUUUUGUAACAGCAUUUUCUUACACUGUGGUAAUUGCUAAUUUUACUAGAAUAAAAGUUAUAAACUAAACUGGUUAUUUGAGAACAUAACAUUUUCAGAUCUAGUUGUAAUUCCACACGGCUGCCACUAGAUAUCAAUAAGAAGCAACAUUUUACUGAAAGCAAAUCAACUCUGACAUCCUGUCAAGUACAUUUCACUCUCGUC